AUGUAAUUGCCAACACAUUCAAAUCAAGUUUCUUCCUCUAAAUUACUACAAGUUGAAGAUCAGUUGCAACGAAAAUGGGGUUGAUUCGAUUUUCUGGGAUUUUGGUUUCAUGUCUUCUGGUGAUCAUAGGCUUCAGUGAAGCUCAGUUGCAAUUGGGAUUUUAUUCCAAGAACUGCCCAAAAGCAGAGAAGAUUGUGAAAGACUACAUCGAGAAGCAUAUCCACAAUGCACCCUCACUUGCAGCUGCUCUCAUAAGAUUGCACUUCCAUGAUUGCUUUGUCAGGGGUUGUGAUGCAUCCGUUCUUCUGAACUCGACUUCAAGUAACCAAGCUGAAAAAGAUGCUCCCCCAAAUCUAACCGUCAGAGGAUUUGACUUCAUUGACAGAAUAAAGAGCCGACUUGAAGCUCAAUGCCCUGGAGUAGUUUCCUGCGCAGAUGUUAUUGCUUUGGCAGCAAGAGAUUCCAUUGUUGCAACAGGAGGUCCAACUUGGAAGGUUCCAACAGGUAGAAGAGAUGGGGUGAUCGCAAGGAGGGCAGAAGCCUUAGCCAACAUCCCACCCCCAUUUUCGAACUUCAGCACUCUCCAAAGAACUUUUGCCAACGUGGGUCUUGAUUUGAAGGACUUGGUCUUGCUAUCUGGUGCUCACACAAUUGGGGUCUCUCAUUGCCCAUCAUUUUCAAACCGCCUUUACAAUUUCACCGGAGUGGGUGACCAGGACCCGGCUUUGAACGCCCAAUACGCAGCCAAUCUCAAGGCCAACAAGUGCAAAACUCCAACUGAUAACACCACAAUUGUUGAGAUGGACCCUGGAAGCGUCCGUACUUUUGACCUAAGCUACUACACACUUUUGCUCAAACGGAGAGGGUUGUUUGAAUCCGAUGCUGCUUUGACAAGCAGCUCAACCACUCUUAAUUAUAUCAACCAGCUGCUCAAAGGUUCACUGCAGAACUUCUACGACGAGUUUGGAAAGUCCAUGGAGAAAAUGGGUCGGAUUAACGUUAAGACUGGAUCGGCUGGUGAGAUUAGGAAGCAGUGUUCAGUUGUGAAUAGCUAGAAAACGGAAAUCUUUGGUUAAUUUUCAGUGUUUUUUUUUUUUUUUGGUGUAAUAAAAAUGGCAAUGUUCGUGAACUGCAUGCAUGUAAUGCUUUCUGAUAUUAUAUUGUUUUGUAUUAAUAAGGUUGAGGCUUGUCAUUGUCUUCGUGUACGUAAAUACCAAAUCAUUAUAAAAAGGGGGGAGAAUAAGGUCUUUGUAUCUUA